ACAGCUGGGACAUGGUGCAUAAGAUGGAGGAGAACUGUAGAGAUCUUAAACAUCCAGUGACCUUCCCAGUCCGUGCUGCUCUGCUGGCCCAGUCCUUCUCACAGCUGUCAUGGCUGCUGCAGCAGUCAGACAGGUACUCCCUAACCGUGUGGACAGGAAAGAAUGAUGAGUUUGCACCGCUGGACUUGCUGCCCUACAGAACAGAGUUUGACGUGAGCAGGAUGUACUAUGACCUGCCAGACUCUGUCAGAACAGAACUCAUGACACCACACGACAGAACCUGAUCCUGUCUGCCUGGUUCUCACAAAGAGUGACAAACUGGAAACAGAAGGGAGGUGAACUGGUUUUCGACAAACUUUCCCUGAGAUCAUCUGCAUUCUAAUGAGGAUACAUUCUUUAAGUACUGUCAAAAUAAAUGUAUAUUUAUUGUUAUUAUU